AUAAAAAGAAAGGUUGUGGUAAACCAUCAGAGUCGCAGCAUGAAAGUCUGUCACACUUUGAUCUGCUUCUUCUUGUUCUUCUCUCUGCAGGAUGGAAACCCCGGUCUCGUCAGUGCCCAAGUCUCUGUCUAUUCUGGAAUUGAAGGAGAAAAUGUCACAGUUGAAUGCUCCAUUGCUUCUUAUGGAACCAGGAAGUUCUUCUAUAAGAAAACAUGUGAACAAAAAGACAUUCUCAUUGAAACAUCCGGUGCCUCAGCUCAGAGAGGCAGAUACAGCAUUGAUUAUGACGAUAGACAUUUUUUUGUGACCAUCACUCAGCUGACCAAGUCUGACUCAGGAAAGUACUGGUGUGGUGUGGAUACAUCUUCUUCAAGUACUUCAUACACGUUUAUUGAAAUCAUUGUUGUGGACGCAAAACUUGAUGGUGAUCCUUCUGCAGAAAAAACAAUCGAUGCUAGAACUGGGGGAAAUAUUGUAGUUGAAUGCUCCUUUACUCGCUCUGGGACCGAGAGGUACUUCUGCAAGGAAGAAUGUGAAAGAGACAUUCUUGUUGAAACGACUAGUGACACAUAUACUAAAAAAGACAGAUACAGCAUCAGACAUGUUAAAGGAGGAUUUGUGUUUGUGAGCAUCAAACAGCUGACCCAGUCUGACUCAGGAUGGUACAGGUGUGGUCUGGACAGAACUGACUCAUCAAACAGCAGCUUUAGAAAAAAGUCCACAUGCUUUUUCCCUGGUCACAGACCCAAACAAGAAUGCUAGUGGGGGAACGUUUUUUACAUCUCUUGCUUUUUUUAUCCGAAAAACUUUUGUCAAAUGUAAAAAGGGAUAUCAGAUAAGUGUAAAUAAGACAAAUGGCCCAACCAAAGGAAAAGGAUUGAAGUAGUCUUUGUUUGUUGUCAAUAUUUACACUUUAUUCUAUAUUGGCGGUGUUCCGACUCUGAUCUGCAGCUGUGACACAACAAUUAUCCUCAGUAUCAAUACAGUUUGAUCUUAUCCAAAGUUUUUGGGAAAUGGUGUAAAGAAUGUAUUGUUGGCUUGCAGUUUACCACGGUUUGAUCUUCUUGGUUUUUUAGUGAGUACACCUUUAUUUCUGUCAUUUUCUAUAUAACGUAAUUUCCCUUUUAUAUUUACAGAUAUACUCCCCCAGAUGUGUGCUCAUCAGGGUGUUGCGUAUUUUAAAAUGAGUCUCUGUCUUGUUUGUUCCUGUGGUUAGAAGUGUGAUCAGCUACCAGUAUGAGUCACUUCUAUUUUAUUAUUAGAUUUCCUAAAUUGUUGUACCUUUUUCUAAUGUGUGUCCGAUCAACAUUGGCUUUUCUGUUCUUUUUUAAGAUCUUAUAAUAUAUAUAAUACAUCUGUAGUCUUUAGAGUGGUUCAGCCAGACUGUAGCUGAGCAUGUUGUACCUUCACAACACAGGAAACUACCUUUAACGCAAUUUGCAGAACUAUGUCUUCCUUACAGAGAAAUCUGUAUCCCAACAUAAAUGUUCAGCUUCACAGGAAGUCCCUGCAAAUGCAUGCUUUUUUUCACUUUUUUCAACAUCUUACAAUAUAAGAGAGAAACAAUUAUUUUUCAGAGGAAAAGCAACAGAGCGGCAGUAAAAUGCUUCUAGCAGUGUAAUGAAGUAUAAUGUAUCAGUAAAUGGAAAUACUCAAGAAAAGAUGAUAUUGACUUUAACCUAACAUAUGUUUGGAUGUAUGUUUAACAUUAGGGAAGAUGAUGCUGUAUUGAUUAAACUCAUGAAGUGUAGGAAAGUGUUUUCGCUGAUGAAUGUGGAAUAAAACAUUAAUAAUUCAUUGUAUUAAACACAACAUGAUCUUUUUAAA